AUGGUGCUUCCAAUAAUUGUCGGCGUGGGUGCUACAGUAUUAGCCCUAACAGCGAGAGCCACCAUUGCGUCAUAUAAACAAUUUCUCACAUUAACACCGCAAAUGAUUGCAAACCUCAAUGGUAUCCGAAUAACAAACCAGGAUCCAGCGCAUCAUUCGCUAAAUAAGUCUGAUCCACGAUAUCAGCACUAUAAGUUUUUGCGACUGAAGUAUCCGAACCGAAGUUUCCUGAACCCAAUGACUGAACAAGAGGCAUUGUUUAUAUUAGGUAUCGAAGGAGAUGAUAUCUUGAGGGUGGAUAAAAGGAUGGUUAGGGACCGAUAUAGGAAGUUAAUGACUAGGAACCACCCGGAUAAGAAUGGGAGUGUUUAUUUGAGUCAAAAGAUUAAUGAGGCAAAGGAUAUAUUGGAUAAAAGUUAUAUGGUUAACAAGUAG